GUGAGAUCGCCAGUGAACAAACGACCGCAAGCCGCGCGCGUUAAACGGAAUCGAAAAUAUCUGAUAUUUUAUCACACAGAAUAAGUUUGUGUUUUAUAACAGAAAUAGUACAUUGUAGUACAAAAAAGUGUCGUCGGAGUCGAUCGAGAAAGUUAUUAAAGAACUAAAAACAAUGUUCGCGGGUUAUUGAACUGUUUUCAUUAAUACAUGACGUGACAACAUUGAUGAGAUGUAAAAGACUGUUAGGCUCAAAAGCAAUUGUAGCCAGAGCCGUAAAAAUAUUUAAAAAAAAGUAAAAGACUGUUGUCAAUGUGACAGUGACGUUUAAGACAGUUAAUAACGUGAAAAAUGCGUUUGUUGUUGUUAGUUUGUGCUUGUUUGAUUGUGGCUGUUGAGGCACUCCCGCCAGCAGCCCUUGGCGAUGUUGUUGCAAACGCGGCAAGCAGUUUGAAUUCUAUGAAGGUAACAGGGGCAUGGCGUCGGCUGUCAAGUACUGUCAGCGAAUCAGUCGGUCUGAAGUAUGCUCUACGUCGCCUUCAGAACGUGCCAGCCAGAGCAGCGAGACUGGUGCACGCGUUGGUAGACCGCAUGAGGGUCGGGGGUGGGCCCGUGGUUGAUACCAAACUGGGCUCCCUAAGGGGACGCCGUGUUAUAACCAGGACCUCGGCUCAAAUACCCUACUACAGCUUCAAGGGUAUCAGGUACGCUCAACCUCCACGCGGUUCUCUCCGGUUCCGUCCACCAGCACCCCUGAGCCCCUGGUCGGGAGUCAGGGAUGCGUUGGAAGAAGGUGCGGUAUGCCCACACAGGUUCAUGCUGUUCGACACGUACAAAGGAGACGAAGAUUGCCUCUUCCUCAACGUCUACACGCCCGCCCUACCGGAUAAGUUGUCCGGAUACAACCCGGAGCUGGCGGUGAUGGUGUGGAUCCACGGUGGAGCGUUCGCCGUUGGAUCAGGUAACGCGUUCCUGUACGGCCCCGACCACCUCGUCGGGGCCGGCGUGGUGCUCGUCACACUCAACUACAGGCUGGGAGCGCUGGGCUUCCUUAGCCUGGAGAACGACGAGGUCCCCGGCAAUAUGGGACUCAAGGACCAAGUGAUGGCCUUGAAGUGGGUGAGAGAUAACAUCCAAGUGUUCGGAGGUGAUCCCAAUCGCGUCACUAUCUUCGGAGAGUCCGCUGGAGCGGCCUCCGUUCACCUGCACAUGCUGUCACCAGCCUCAAAGGGCUUGUUCCAUGGUGUGAUAGCUCAGAGCGGGGUGUCUCUAUCUCCGUGGGCGCUGGCGUCGUCUCCUCGUGAGCGAGCCUUCCAUCUUGGCAGGGAACUCGGCAUAGACACCAACAACACAGCCGAACUACUCGGGUACCUUCGAGCGACUCCCAGCGAAUUGCUAGUUAAGGCUGGGGCUCGUCUCGUAUCAGUCCCGGGGGCUGCAGACUUGCACAGUACAGUGGCGCUGCCGUUCCUACCGGCGGUGGAGCCACCCGGCCCUGAAGCCUUCCUCACGAAACGACCCCAGGACUUACUACCUGGUGCUGACGUACCCCUGAUGACUGGGUACAACGCGCAAGAAGGCAUCAUAUUAUUCCGACGUCUGCAAAGAUAUCCAAAACUGUUGAGUGAGCUGGAAAGUGAAUUUAGAAGAGUUGUUCCCCCCGAGCUGAUAACCUCGGAUGAGGAACGGUCCAAGAAGGUCGCGGAUCACAUCAGAACAUUCUACUUUCAACAGCGGAAGAUAGACAUACGGAGCAUAGACAGCCUAAUCGACCUGUUCACAGACGUAAUGUUCUUGCGGCCGGCUUUGGAAACUCUGCGGUUGAAUGCAAGGACGAACAGAACUAGUCCCACUUACAUGUAUCGAUUCGGCUUCGACGGAGCGCUGGGGCUCUUCAAGCGGAUGCUGGGCAUCACACACCCAGGCGUCUGCCACGGUGAUGAAAUGGGCUACCUGUUCUACUUCUCAAGACUCAAUUACAGGCUUGAUGACGAUUCCCCCGAAUUGGCCGUCUCAAGGAAAAUGGUCCAACUUUGGACUAAUUUCGCUAAGACUGGCAACCCCACACCACCGAUCGAUUACGAGUCUGUGCUAGACUUCAAAUGGCCGCCGGUGAAUGACAGUGAUCACGUGACGUACCUCGACAUCACGCGCCAAUUCGCCGUCAAGAGCGAUCCGGAACCGAAAAGAGUUCGCUUCUGGGAUUGGCUGUAUGAUAACUACGAGAACGAAUGACGAAUGUGCGAGUGACAGAAUGAGUGAAUGAAUGAUAUAGAACAUUUCAGUGUUUAGUGACAAACGUUUGGAGUAUUUAAAUAUAGAAUAAGUGCUAGUUUUAUUUGUAUAGAUAUUGUAUGUUACAGCGUAUGUUGUUGUUGAGUGUUCAAUAAAUUUGUGAUUCUCUUGUUUUUCCUUUCA